CGCGCGUGCACACCCCGAUUGUGGCCCGGGAGCGCGCAGGCCAAGUGCUGGCGCGGGCAGCAGCCGGGCGUGGGGGAGGGGGCUGAUGUGCAGGCGCGCUGGACGGUGUCCGGCGAGAGCUCGGGGGCUGGUGACGCAUUAAGCACGCGCCGCGCGGCGGGAUGAAGGUGGCGGUGGCCGGUUGCUGCCAUGGCGAGCUGGACAAACUUUACGAGACGUUGGAGCUGCUGCAGCGGCGCAAUAACGUGCGUAUCGACCUGCUGCUGUGCUGCGGAGACUUCCAGGCCGUGCGCAACGAGGCGGACCUACGCUGCAUGGCCGUGUCGGCCAAGUACCGCCACAUGCAGACCUUCUACCGGUAUUAUUCGGGAGAGAAGAAGGCUCCUGUUCUCACAAUUUUUAUUGGGGGUAAUCAUGAAGCCUCAAAUCACUUGCAGGAACUGCCAUAUGGAGGAUGGGUGGCACCAAACAUAUAUUACCUUGGUUAUGCAGGAGUAGUAAAAUAUCGUGGUGUAAGAAUUGGUGGAAUUUCUGGCAUUUUCAAAUCUCAUGAUUAUAGAAAAGGUCAUUUUGAGUGUCCUCCAUACAAUCAGCAGACUGUAAGAAGUGCGUACCAUGUGAGGAAUAUUGAAGUCUUCAAACUCAAACAGCUAAAGCAUCCUAUGGAUAUAUUUAUGUCACAUGAUUGGCCAAGAAGUAUAUAUCACUAUGGAAACAAGAAACAGCUUCUUAAAAUGAAGUCUUUUUUCCGCCAAGAAGUGGAAAACAAUACAUUGGGAAGCCCUGCUGCUUCAGAGCUUCUGCAGCACUUUCAACCCACGUAUUGGUUCUCAGCACAUCUUCAUGUAAAAUUUGCAGCUUUAAUGCAACACCAGGCAAACAUUGAAGGACAGCUGCCAAAAGCAACAAAAUUUUUGGCUCUGGAUAAAUGUCUGCCACACAGAGACUUUCUGCAGGUAAUAGAUAUAGACCAUGACCCCAACGCAUCUGAUUCUCUGGAAUAUGACAUUGAAUGGCUUGCUGUUCUCAAGGCUACUAACAAUCUUAUUAAUGUGACUUCAAACGCAUGGAACAUGCCUGAAAACAAUGGCCUCCAUGCAAAGUGGGAUUACAGUGCAACAGAAGGAGCUCUCAAAGAGAUAUUGGAAGAGCUGAGCCAUAACCUCAAAAUUCCUUGUAACUUCAGUGUGACAGCUGCUUGUUAUGACCCCUACAAACCACAGAAAAAUAUGGAACCAGUUCAUAUAAUCAAUCCACAGACCACUGAGUUUUGUGCCCAGUUUGGCCUCACUGAUAUUAAUGACAGGAUUCAGCAAGUGAAAGAAGAGGGCUCAGUUCGGGGAGAAUAUGAGGAGGAGGAGGAAAUGGACAGUACUGAGUCAGCAGAGGAGCCCAGUGAAUAUUAUACAGAUAAUUCUGGGCUGUCUUUAUCUAUUAACCCAGAUGAAAUAAUGCUGGAUGAAGAGGGUGGUGAUGAAGAUCAAAGUACCUGUUCUGUGGAUCCUUCACCUGAUCACCCUCCUGACUUUUCAGCAAGUUUUUCUGACACCAGGAUUGUGCCAGAUUCCAUGAUGAUAUCCUCUGAUGAUGCUAUGGACUCCACCAAUGAAGACCUGGAGAAAUCUGGUGUGAGUGAGCAGACUGAAGAGAAGAGCUUAAAUGAAAGAGCUUUAAAGAGGAUUGGUAAAAAUGAGAACGGAAACAGUGCCAUGAAGAAAAUUAAAAGACGGAAUCAGGCUAUCUAUGCCACAGAGGAUGAAGAUAAAGUAUAAUGAAAAUGCAUUAAGGUCACAGGUUUUAUUAACUGCUGUAACUAGCUACCUUUUUUGGUGUGUUGGGGGCAAUGGUGAGAGCUUUUAAAAUUCAGCAUUUGAAGUGAUCGGUACCACUUUUAUGCUACAUACUACCGUAUGCUACAAAACUUCUAAUGGAGCAGAAUACCUGUUUAGUAUUCUUUUUCUUGCUCAGUCCUUUUCAACUAAGUGUAUUGUAGAAAGAUUUCAAGUUUGUGUAUAAUCAGUUUGUUCUGCUUCAGCUUUUGAUAAUUAACUCAUUUUAUCUACAUUCUGCUUUGCCUCCAUAUAAUAACUGUAAUACUUAGUGAACUGAGGAAGAAUUUCUUUAAAUUGUAGUUAGGUUUGGAGGGAGAGGAUCUUUGCAUUGCCUUUAAUGCUGUCUUUCAGCUAAAGGUAACACUUAGUACAGAAUAGCUAAUGCAGUAAUUGUCUGCAGUGUGGUUAAAAGCAGUACUCCCAAGAUAAAAAGAGCAGUAAGAGAAGAUGAUCAUGAUUUUUAUUUCUCUGGAGUUACUGUUUCUGCAGUGGAAAAUCUUGGCAGUUGGUGUCUUUAAAAAUAUGAAUAUGUAUUAUAUGCAUUGUCUAAUACUGGUUUUAAAUUUUAAUUCAGAUAUAUACAGAAAAGAAAUCUCACAUUGCAAACAAAUUAUGACUGAGGUGGUUACGCUAAUGCGUUGAAGGCAAGUGCAUUUGUUUUCAAUAUAAAUUCUCGUGUGUUUCUCUCCCAAAAGUUCAGAACAGUAUUUCAAAAUUAAAAUACUAAUGGAAGCUAAAAUUAUCUAGCAAUAACCUCAGAGACAUUUGUAUCUGAAUUACUGCCUCAAUAACUCCGAAUCUGAAUCUUCUGACUUUAUGGGUAAGCUGUUGUGUUUGGUGCUUUCAGGGGAGAGGGCUGAAAGUUUUUAUACACUUACAAUAGGUAGUGAUGGAUGUAGUAAAUGUUACCUAACAUGUUCCAUUAAGAUCCUGUUUGCAGUUGCUUAUAACUUUGUCAAACUCUAACUAUUUGGGCUAAAAUUUUUCAUGCCAGCUCUCUUACUUGGAAACUUUAGGCAAAAAACCUAUUUCCUAAUCUCAGAAUGAGAUAAGGAGAUAGAUGAAAGAACUAGGCACAUUUCUUCUAGAGAAGGCUGAGGGACACAAUCUUCAAAUAUGUAAGAGGUUAUCGAAGAGGAUAGUGAUCUUUUGUUCUCUCAUGUCCACACAGGGUGGGAGAAGAAAUAAUCAGCUUAGUUUGUAACAAGGGAGUUUCAGGUUAGUUAGAAUGUUUUUUCUAAUAUCUAAGGAUAGUUAAGUACAGGAACAGGUUACUUAGGGAGGCAGUGGAAUCGCCAUCACUGGAGGCUUUUAAGAACAGUUUAGACAAACACCUGUCAGGGAUGACCUAGGUUUUACUUGGUCCUGCCUCAGUGCAAGGGGGAUGGGCUAGCUAGAUGAUGUCUCAAAAUCCCUUCUAGCCCUAUAUUUGUGGGUGGUUUUUUUUGCACAUUAAAUUUAAUUGUUUUGUUGAAGCUCUAAUGCCUCCAUCAUUUGGUGCUAAAAUUUGAGGGGGUUACCUUACUGUUAGUGAUAUGCCUUUCACUGUCCCCAUGAAACUCUGUCAGAGUUAUGAACCUCUGAAAAUUGUUGUUUGCAUAGACUCAAACUUCUUAGGCCUGAUCUACACUGGGGGGGAAUUGACCUAAGAUAUGCAAC